CAUACACUUCCCGCAUAUUGAACUUUGAUAGUAACUUACUGUCAGUUGAACCAACCAGAGGCACCGCUAUUUCUAUCUAAUUCUGUUUCUGUGCUUUUGCUGCCACCUGUUCUUUAACGGAGGAGUGCAUUAUAAGCUUGAAGUUUGAAAUAUUCACAUUAUUUGACGAGUGACUGAAUGAAAAUGAAGGGAAGUUCCCAAGAUAUUUCCACAAAUUCCGUUCAACUAAAGAAAGAAAUCUCACUUCUACAUGGAGUUAGUUUGGUCAUCGGUAAUACCAUUGGUGCAGGAAUAUUUGUUUCACCAAAGGGAGUUCUAAUGUAUAGUGGCUCCUAUGGCUUGUCCUUGAUCAUCUGGACUCUGGGGGGACUGUUCUCUGUGAUUGGAGCUCUGUGCUAUGCAGAGUUGGGUACGACAAUCCAUAAAUCUGGUGCAAGCUACAUUUAUAUAAAGGAGUCAUUUGGUGGCUUUUUGGCCUUCCUAAACCUGUGGACUAACAUGUUGAUAAUCUAUCCGGCUAGUCAAGCUAUUCUCUCAGUGACAUUUGCCCAGUACAUGAUUGAACCAUUUUUUCCUACCUGUUCUUUACCCCAGUCUGCAGUCUUCCUCCUUUCAGUAGUAUGUGUUGUAUUUUUAACAGCUGUGAAUUGUGCAAAAGUCAAAUGGGGAGCCACCCUCCAAGUGAUGGCAACUUUUGCCAAGGUCUUAGCUUUGGUCAUCAUCAUUGUUGCAGGAAUUGUCAGAUUAUGUCAGGGUAACACCUAUAAUUUGGAAAGAUCAUUUGAAGGCUCUAAAGUCAAUAUAGGGUCAUUAACUAUGGCCUUCUACUCAGCUUUGUAUUCUUUUUCUGGCUGGGAUUGUAUCAAUUAUGUAACAGAAGAAAUGAAAAAUCCAAAGAGAAACCUGCCAUUAUCUAUGGUGAUAUCUAUGCCGCUGGUGACAAUUAUCUAUGUCAUGACAAACAUUGCAUACUACACAGAGUUGGAUCUGAACACCAUCAUGGACAGCAGUGCAGUAGCUGUGACUUUUGCUGAAAGAGUUCUUGGAUUUGUAAAGUGGUUCAUCCCCAUCUCAGUGGCCAUGUCAUGUUGCGGUGGAUUAAACUCAGUAGUCAUUUCAUCAUCAAGACUGUUUUUUGUCGCUUCCAGGGAAGGACAACUCCCUGAUUUUCUCUGCAUGAUCAACAUCAAUAGAUAUACUCCUGUCCCUGCCUUACUUUUUAAUGGAUUGAUGGCCAUUGUGUUCCUUUGCGUGGAUGAUGUCUUUCAGCUCAUUGAUUACUUCAGCUUUUCUUACUGGUUAUUUAUUGGCCUAUCAGUGGCUGGUCAAAUUUAUUUAAGGGUCAAAAGACCAGACUUGCCAAGACCUGUGAAGCUGAGCUUGUUCUUCCCAGUGCUGUACUGCAUCUGCAGUGUAUGUCUGGUAGUGGUUCCUCUCUACAGUGAUCCCAUUGAUUCUUUGGUUGGAAUUGCUGUUGUUGUUUCGGGGGCUCCUGUAUACUACAUCUGUCUUCAUCUUCCUUCAGAAAAACAACCAGCAUUUGUGAAGAAAUUCUUAGGUAUAAUUUCCCUGUAUAUACAGAAGCUAUGCAUGUGCUGCCCUGCCGAAUCUGUAGAUAAGUUGGAAUAAAAAGCUCCUGCAAACGUCACAAGACAACGUGUACAACCUGUAGUGUUUAAGGAGGAGUCCAGACUAAAGUGACACACUAUGUAUUUUAGGCCUAAUUCACACAGCGCCAACUCAGGUCCUGCACUGUAUUUUAUAAAUAAUACAAUGAAUGUAUUUAUACAUUUUUAUUAUUUAUUGUCAAUAAAAUUACAUUUGUCAUCUGUCACAAUAUAGGCCAUCCUGUAGGCAGCGUAAAUUUAGACAGUCUAGAUAUGCGCCAAAUCUUUCACAGUGGCUCUUGAUGGAUAAUAAAUUUGGUGCAUGUUUGAACAGUUUUGUCUAACUGAUUUACUUACCUUGCUAUAAAAUUUUAUGCCAAAAAUUCGACACAUUUUUGGACAAUUUGCAGCAUCAUAGAGCACACCCCUUUACUGCUAAGUCAUGCCUUCUUGGCAAACUAAUUGCAGUGGAUUUAUCUAAACUCCAUCCACCAAACUGCACCAAAGUUUUGAACAGUCACAUGUGGCACACAGUUUUUAUUUCUGAAAUUAGAAAAAAAUCUCUAUUCUCCUCCCCAUUUUUAUUAGUCUGUUAAGAUAUUAAGAUGAUCACAACAUUGACAUACAGAGGAAUCUGCAAUAUACCAAUUGCAGUACUAAUGAAAUCUGUAUUGUUUGUUUAGUACAUAAUAAAGUACUUUUCUACCUUU